CGUGACCAUCACGCUGCGCCACCCGCCGCUUCAACUCCGCCAGCGAGCCGGUGGAGAAAAAGGCAAACGCCUAUCGCGUCCCGAAGAGCUUUGCUCUCUUUCUUGAUGAAGACGGCGAACUGGCGACUGCGAACGAGACCUCCCCGUCCUGUUCUCGUCUCGACGAUCAGCCGCGCGAACCGAACCGACCCAAUUCGAGCUUGACGCGGGAGAAGAUGGACGGCGUGUGCAGCGACGGAAGGGAUGGGCGGAUCGUAUCGAUGGCCGACGCGGCGUCGAUGUACCCGGGGUUCAAGUUCUCGCCGUCCGACGCCGAGCUCAUCUCGCACUACCUGACGAAGAAGCUCGAGGGCAUCGACAAGAGCGUGGAGCAGCUCAUCCCCGAGGUCGACUUCUCUGCCCACGAGCCCUGGGACUUGCCCGCCAAAUCGAUCGUCCCCUCGGAGAGCGAGUGGUUCUUCUUCUCUGUUCGGGGCAGGAAGUAUCCUAAGGGGUCCCAGAGUAAGAGAGCGACCGAACAUGGGUACUGGAAAGCCACAGAAGAGCGCAAUGUGAAGUCCAGCUCUGCGGUGAUCGGUACAAAGAGAACCCUCGUCUUCCACCUGGGUCGGGCACCGAAAGGGAAAAGGACGGAGUGGAUCAUGCAUGAGUACUCGAUGAAUGCAAAGUCUCAGAAUCAGCAGGAUUCUCUAGUUAUCUGCCGCCUGCGAAGAAGCAGUCAGUUCCAAAUGGGCGGUGCCUCCGAUCUAACGCAAACGUCUGAUGUUGACCGGACAGAUGUCUCUGAAGGAGACAACUUGGCUGAAGGUUGUGCGAGGAAUUGCUCUGGAAGUUACAAUUCACACUCCGUCGAGCAAAUUGAGUCCAGCUCCAAUUCCUCCCAUCAAAAGAAUUCCGAUGGCAACGAGGACUUUUAUGCAGAUAUACUGAAAGAUGACAUUGUCAAAUUAGAUGAGUCUUCUGUUUCUCCAACUCGCGACAGCCUGCCCACUGUUCCAAAUAAUCUAGAGGCAGAGCUAAUGUCUCAAGAUUCGCAAACACUAGUGCAAGAUUUCAUAUCGCCGAUCCCUCCUUUCCAGGGCACCGCGAAUCGAAGAAUCAGACUGAGGCGGCAUAAGCCAGAGAGGUCUAGUAAGAUAGUGCUGGAGAUGAAGGCCAAUGACUCCUCUGCAGAGAAGGCAGAACCUCAAACAGGAAGCUCAGGGCCCUCAGAGAGAAGAACCCGUGUGAUCAUUAGUCAGUGGCUUGUGUACGGUAUCCUAAUCGGCCUGACCUUAUUGUUUGUUUAUCUGCUUGGUGGUUUCCAACUUUCCAUAGAGUCGAGAUGAUUGUACAUACAUCCUGAACUUUGGUCGCUGGCUCUGUUAGAAGCAGGCCUUAUAUGGUAGAGGGUUUCUUCUUCUCCUUUCUCUCUCUCUCUCUGUCUUUUUAGAGAGAGAGAGAGAGAGAGAGAGAGAGAGAGAGAGAGAGAUUAUGCCAGAAUUGGCUGAUCCUAUGACCUUCAAGAAUGAUAUGAGCAGUUUUUCAGGAAAAACCCUGUGCAUUAAAUUUGCCAGAGAUUAAUGUCAAAGAGUGUUGCACAA